AAACUGGGCAGCCCUAAGAGAUUCACAGGACUUAUUUUGUUAGGGUUCAGUUCAUCCUGUUGCUUGUGUCAGGUUUUGGUGUUUGGAGAGUUAAGAAACAUUCCCUCUCUGAAGAGUAAAAUCACAAUUACCUAAUAAUGAUAAACAAAGGUAAAAAUCCAUCAUUUUCUACUUCAAGGAACAAUAGUCCUCUACCAGCUGUGACACCCUUACUCUAGUGAGUUAACGUCUGCCUAGGCAGGAGUGGCACAGGUUACAAGUGCUAAUCCCCACUGUUAUUCUGGGGAUACAAAGCUGGUGGGAUGGAGUUAGAGCACCCAGAUUCCCAAAGGAGUAAGCUAAGUACAUGCCACAGCUCGCAGCUUUGGCAAAUAGCACUUUCAUUACCAAUGUUUCCAGUGGAUUUUACAUCAUUCUUAGCCUGCUAUUACUGUAUAAUAUCUACUUGUAAACAUCCCCAUUACAAGCAUCCAGGAAGGUUUGCCUUUCUUUUCCUGUUUUCACCUAUGGUAAAUUUGGCCUUUUUCUGUUAGGUUGGGUUUGGCACAGAUCUAGUCUAUGGUUACUAGUGAAUUUAGAAUUUAAUCUGGUAGCUGUUUUUUCCUUAUUGGACUUAUCUUCACAUACAUUCCCAGGAGAGCAAAUAAAGAUAUGCAGCCUGAUCUGAAUGUUGUGCUGUUAAGAGAUUCUAAUUCAUUUGUAGAUUUAGAGCUAGAGUAAAAUUACAGAUAUGUAUUGCUCCAGACAUACAGAAAACUCAUUUGGGAUAAACAGGAUUCCUAUUUUUUUUUUUAAUAAAGUUUAAAAUAAUGACAUAAGUUAACAACAAAAAUUAGGACAAAUAUAAGCAUUUUUUGCCUCUCCUGUGCAAAACAUAGAUGGCUAUCUUCCUUUCUAGCUUUCUAGAAGCUUUCAUGAUACCCAGAACAAGAUGGUGUUGACAACUGUAUGUACAUUUUUUUUCUAGGCACUUUUCUGACCCUGUAAAAGCUGACUCCAUUUCCUAAGUGAAAAUAUUGUAGGUGCUUUCCAUAUCUAAUUGUAAGUAAAUUAUAAAAGUUAGCAUUAAAAUUCUCUAGAUAGUCACUUGUAUUUCUAAAUGGAGUCUGAGAUGGAUUUGUUUCCCAGAUUGUCUCCAACUGGCCACAAGUGCCAAGUAUGUCUCUUAUUGCAAGAGACAUUCCAUAUUCUGUAGGAAAAUGUACUGCAUAGCAUUUUAAAAUACAGCUCUAAAAGAUUAUCAUUAGCAUAAAUUAUCUGCAGUGAAACCAUCACAAAGCACUUAAGGCUGCCCAUAAGUGAACACCAUUUUAUUUAUCCAGUUCUGAGUAUAAGGACGAAUUAUUUUAGCCUGCAUUAUUAAUACUAAAAUCAUGAAGGAACACUGCAGAGCAGAAGGUGCAAUGUUUGAUAAGAUAUGUGCAUACAGGUAUAUGUGUAACUUCUCACAGAUUAUGUGAUGUAUGAGAGAGUAUAUGCAUGUUUUGAGAGGUUGCACACACUACAGAAAAUGAAGAUCAAUGCUGUGUCCAAAUAAGCUGGAAAUUAAAUGAUUCCAGAGAGAGUCAAGUCAAUGGUGGAAUGAAUCUGUGUCUUCAGGAUCAGGACAAAACCACCGCAUAAUUUUUAACUCCUGUUUGAUUUUGCAUCCCAUGUAAAUUGUAGAGGCUGGCACAUAUCUGGCAGCUGUUUUUUAAGCCUUAGCAUAGACUUAUCAGAAUAUAUCCAAGGUAAUUUGAAUAGUGAGGAAGUCAACGUGACCCUCCACCUCCCUUUCUUUUGCAUUUGUCAGGAGAGGAUUUUUGCCUUCAGCCCCAAGAGUUUGGUGUGGGGCACAUUGCUUGAGCACCACAACAGUUCCCUCCCUUCCCAUUAAACUGAAGGUAAAUAUACACAAAAUAUCUCCCAAAGUUCAAAAGCAUGCAUAAACAUGCGUGCCAGCACCCUGCCUCUUACAGUAGAGUGGCCGUUACAGCAAAGCUGAAACCUUUGAUCUCUUCAGUAGCCCACUGUCUUUCUCCCAGACAGAAAUAUUCCAGAGUUCAGUGCAAUAUAAAGGUCACUAAUGCAUUCAGUAUCUUAAAAAGUUAUUUGAACCAAAAUAAGAAUACAUUUCCCACCAAAGACAAGCCCAAAUUUGUGCAGUAUAGGACUGGGCUUUUGUUUGCUCUUUGUCUUUAACUUGAUCGAUGGUGUGCUGAAUAUUUUGUACAUAAAAUUGAAUUAUUUCAAACUUUCAGAAGGUAGGUAUGUAGUAUAUGUAUAAAAAAAAAAGAAAACGGUGUACUUGAGCAUGUCUCUCUCAUCACAAAUGAGUGCUCAUUCUCAAAUCCCAGCAUGGCUGCUGCUUCAGCCAUGUUUCAGAAGAAAGCAAUGCCAUUGCUGCCAUUUUUCCUGUAGUGCCCUAUCUGGGAAGCAUUUUGAGCAUGAGUUGCCCAAGCUGCAGCCCAAGAGCAGUUUUCACGUCUUCAGAAGAAGCACUUAUGGUUGUUGAGAUUGCUGGCAGUGAAUUCUAGCUGACAGAGAGCCCUGCAAAACAACAAGCUAGAACAUGACAAAGCUUUGCCCAUGUAUUGCUCCUUGCCUCAAACAUCAGCUAUAAGCAUCUCAUUGCCUCAGAGGUGAGCUGGCUGUCACUCCAAGUUGUGAUAUCUUGGACUGCAUUCAGUCCUAACUCCCCCCGUGAAUCAGAUGAAGAGACUAGAUGUCUACUCAAGACACCAGGUUCCUCUGCAAAGAUGACUACUCAAAGGUUUGAUGUGCUGCCCAAACUCUUAAUUGGAUCCAACACUGUAAUCCGUUCCACAGUCAGAUGACCCAGCAAGGUUUUUUCCAGCACAACAUGAAAGAAAAUGAAAAAAAAAAAAAAAAAGUGGCUCUACAAAGUUGUUUAAUUGAUUAUAUAAAUUGCAUCACUCAACAGCCUUAGGCUGACUAUGAAUAUUUCAGCAUUGUACAUCUCUUCAGCUACACAUCUAAUGUUCUUCUGGAGUAAACAAGUGUUGUGUGGGAAAGCCUGCUUCCCCAGUAAAUAAAAUGUAUUCCAAAAGAAAGCUCAGUGCAAUCAAUUGGAAAUUUUAAAAUGAACUCACGUAUAACUAAAGAAUCUUAUAAAACACAUUUUCAAAAUAAUUCUGCAAGACCCACACAGGUUUGUUCUACCGAACCUGAAGGGUAUAAAUUUUGUCAAAAUAUAAUAUCACUAGUUGAAAAGAAAAAAAAGUAUUGUCAAAAUUGUGUUUCUGAAAGAAAUUCAGAAAAUACUGGAAUCUGUUAUGGUACUACACUGCCCAAACAACCAAGAACUUAUAAACAGAGUCCAGAAAAGCAGUAGAAAAUACUGCUAAAUGUUUCAUCACAUAUCUCUAUUACUUUUAGUUUUGUGUAAUAGUGUCACAUAGUUUUGUAAGCCAAAUGUCAGCAAGGGCCUCAUUUGUAUAUUAGAUAAGCAGAUGUCCACCCUAAAAAUGCACUAAAGGAAUAGGAUAUUGCCUUGUAAACAGGAAAUUCAUCACCAUGGCAACAAGAGUGUUUCUGUUAUCCAAGCAGAUACCAUGGGUGCUAAAACUACGUUUUAUGCUGGAAGUUAUUAUUAGUGACUCCUCCUCACAGGGAGAGAGGAGGCUGUCGGACUCUAUGGUAUCAUGCAGCCAAACACAAAAAAGCUGCAUAUGGCCAUCUGUACAAUUUUCCUCAUGGCCUGUAUGGAUCUUUUUUUCUGUUCUUGGUAAAAAAUGUUGUAUUACAGGCAGACUUCUCAAAACCUACAUCCUUGCAAGUAUUUGCAUCUUUAGUACCAAAGUGGACUGGAGUGUGCAAUGGACAGAACUACCAGACAGCAAGACCCUAGAUUAAGUGCAACCUGGAGAAAAUCAUCAAGAGUGACACAUUUUAAAUGAACCUCCAUUUAAGGCUUGAUUUGUAAGAGGUGCUGAGAGCCCAGAUCAUGCAUUUCACUACUCAGAAACCAGCUGUGAAAAUGUCUAAUUUCUAUCUACCUCAGUCUACAGCAUGGGAUUGAUGAUACAUAUAUAAAUCUGAAAAAUUCAAAUAGUGAACAUGGUAUAUAAAUGCCAGCUAUUACCACAAGUACGUCUGAAGAUGACUUGACACAGUGUGAACAACAGAUUAUAUAUUGCCAAAGAAAAUCUUUCUGAAGGAGAUAGCAUAAAGGAUUGUUCAGUACUGCCAGUAAAUGAGACAUGCUAGCUUCUUGCCCCUGUAAGUGAAAUGCUAAAAUCCUCGUGGUCCAGCAGCUAACCACAUCUCCUGCACUGGGAAAGCAAAUUGAAACAGAACCAGAACUGCCAUUAAAUGUGAACAGAAUUGGGAUUCCAAACUAUGUGCAGCUUAUGGAAUAUUUUCCAUUUUUAUUAUAAUGUUGAAGCAUUUUUAAAUAUCUCUGCUGCUUUAUUUUUUAUCAUCGGUCCACUGAGAUAGGCAUUCGUUGUUGUUGCUUUUUUUUAAAUAAAGAAUUGUUGAAAACAAUCCCUUUUACUCUUUUCCCAAUAUUACUUUUUCCUAACCUCAUGCCAUGCUUCUGCUAAUUACCAUUGAUUGGAAAACAGCUUACCAAUUAACCCUGUUGGGGUAGUCAUUAGUUUGCUAGCACUGCUUGUCCUCCAUCAGGCAGAGAGGACUGAUUGGUAGUUUCAAACAAUUAGCAAGGAGCUGGCAGAGCUCGCAGUUCACUAAAUGCAGAACAUCCCCAAACCACCAAAAGAAAUUAUUGGAUCAAUUAAAACACAUGACUGAAUAUUUUCAAAUAGAUAAAAGCUAGCAAACAAGGCUAUAGCUGUCAUUGAGCAGAGUCAGAAACUAAUUAGAGGAGAAAGACUAGCAGGCUUUCUAUUGUUGUGUCAGAGUUUUUUGGUUGUUGUUUUGUAUUUUAAACUGUGGGUAUUGGUUUGUUUCUGUUCUAGUCUACCAUUAAUAUCAGUUAACUAUAACUAAAGGCUAGUAGUGACUUAAUGCAAGAAUAUCUAUCUGGUAAAUAGCAAGAUCUAAAAUGACCUUCCUUCCAAAGUGGCUAACUUUUCUGAAAGGCAAAGAGGUUGUUAUUGCUAAUGCUAUAAUUGCAAUACUGACAAUUGGUGGGCAGCAGCUCUUCUCUUUCUUUACGUUCAGCUGUCCCUGUCAUGUGGGGCAGAACCUCAUCUACGGGUUGGCCUUCCUAGGCGUUCCUGCACUGAUCCUUCUGGUUAUUGGCUAUGCUCUGAACAACCAGACCUGGAGGCUGGUUACAGGCAAGAGGUCUCCUCUCCUGGCAGAGAGCACAUGGAAUCAGUUACUGCAGUGCAAGCUGACCUGCUUCGUACUGUGCAGCAUCACUGGGAGAGCGCUGGUUGCUCCAGUGACAUGGCUAGCGGUCACUCUGAUAAAUGGCUCCUACUAUGUGUGUGCUGUGAGUGAGUAUGUCUCUGUGUACUACCAUGGAGCUAUUCCUAAUGUGACUGUUAGUGAACGCCGGAGGAUUUUGGCAGCAUUUCCUUGCAGUCAGCUAGUUCCACCAGAGCUGAGCAGGGCAAGAGAUGAAGUGAUCCUCCUACUCCGGUACCAGUCACAGGUUGCUGGCUGGCUUCUGAUUGCUGUGGUAGUCAUCACUGUCUUCCUGUCUUACUGCCUGGCAAGCUGCUUCUCCCCACUCAGCUUCCUGCACUUCAGGUACUGGACCAGCUAUGUCCGUAAUGAGCAGGAGCUCUUUGAUGAAGCAGCAGACCAGCACUCCAAGCUCUAUGCCAUGAAGCAUGUAAAGAAGUUCUUUGGCUUUGUCCCAGGAAAGGAAAAUAUAAAUGAAAUCCGUAUCCCAUCACUCAGAGAGUGGCAAGCCAUCUCUGGACUGGCCUUCCUAAAACUAGUGGAUGAGGAGCAUUACGACUACAGCCUCCUCCAUGACUGGGCACUCAAGGACUCAGCAGACAGAAAAUACCUGAAGCUUGAUGAAGACCCUGUGACCAUGACUUAGCUGUGAGGUUCUGAGCCCCUGCCAGCACCUUGCGGAAAAAGCAGGAGUGAGUACCUCCAUUUUAGACCUGAACUGCAGUGAAGCUUUCUGAUACCUUAUUACAUAAAGGACACUAAUAAGUACUUUGUUAAUGUAGUCCUUCAGAUGCUUACACACUGCACCUGAUGGCAUCUGACUCCUGUGGGAAGCAGAGGUCAGAUAGCCCAUCUGACUGAGGUAGGCUGUUUCAAGCUGUGGCUCUGCUCUCCAAGAAUUCUGCAAAAAGUAUGAGUUGUACUUGAUAAGAAAGCUAUCCCCAAAUACUUUUCUUCCCACCCAUUAAAAAAUCUUUAAUAGUAGGCUUUGAAAGAUUAGAUCCUACAAGCCUGAUCUGUAUAAAAUAGAAGCAGUUAUCUAGCUUUUUAUUAACAAGCCCCAGUAGAAAUAUUUACUUUUCCCCUUCCACUUUGUCUUAUGUGGAUAAAAUAUAUUUCCUCAACAAAGGCUGAGUCUAGAUAAAGUGGUAAGAGAACUUGAUAUUUUUAACAUAAUGAGAUGCACAAGAUGGAGGGGUGAAUCAUAUAGCAGUUUUAAGGGGAGGGGAGAGUAAGGAAAGGAAGAAGGGAAAGGGAAAAAAACAAAGCUAAAAGGACACUUUACAUGUGGAAACUUGAAUUCAAGCACUUUCUGAGUGGAAGCAGUAGCAAAGUCAGUCUCCUACUCCUUUUACAUGUUAAACCUGACACAUUUUGAGGUACAAGUAAGCUGGCCUACUAUGUGAGGAAAUAUCUAAGAGAUGAUGCAGUAACAUCGCAUCAACUCUAACCUUCUAUGAAAAUGCUUCUAGCCUCUGUUGGGGGGGUAAACAGGCAACACAAUAUUUCCUAAUGCUUCCUGAAUUGCCUUGCAGCCUGUAGAGUUUGCGCUAAAAAGCCUUAGACUAGGCUAUAGGAUGCUAUCUACUGGGGUUCUUUGUUUGUUGUUGCAUUUUUAAAUAAAAUAAUAAAAACAGUCUUAAAAUAGAAAAAUACAUUUAACACUUUCCCCUUAGAAAAUGCAGGCGCUGAGAGCAUGCUAAAAAAGCAGGUCUUGGGAAGUGUGUUUGCUCUUCCUUUGAGAAACUUCUGAACAUGGACUGGGAAAAGAUGAAUAUGCUGAGUAACUGGAAUAAUGCAUAUUGUACAUCACUGGAAAUUUUACAAAUCUCACCUGUUCCACUUGAAUCCUAAAGUUUCUAUUAAUAGAACUGCAUGGUAUGUAUGAUUAGUUUAGGAAGCAAAGUAUCCAUUAUUGAACACAAUCUCUAAUUUCACUUUAAAUCCAUUGGUGUUUAGUUUUUGUUUCUUGAAGAUGGAACACUAUGCACAGUCUGUGAAACAUGCAGCUGAUCUGUGUAUCUGAAAGUUUAUACUGUCUUUCUGAUCUGAAUGAUAAAAACAAGUUCCUACUUUUAUUUGUGAUUUUUUUCCUACUUUGUACCUUGUUUUACAGUACCACUAUAAAAUAAUGUAAUAUUUGUAAUUAAGAGAAAGUGAGCUGUCAACCUUUUACUUGUGAAACUGUAAUUUUAAAAUUUUUAUAUCCUCUAGCUUUGUCCCAAAUGCUAUUUUUCCCUUAUUUAAAAAAAAAAAAACUAUGAAUCUGAAUAAUAAACUUAAUCUGUCAUUGUGAAUUCAGCCUGCUAAUAUGCAUAGUAUUCCCUUGUUGGAUUAUAUUAAUCCAUAGUACUAAAUACAGCUGUAGUGCUGUGGAUAAUGGUGCAU